AUGUCAUAUCCAUUAAAAUGUAAUACUGAAGGUAUUCUUGCGUUUUUAACCCUAGGUGGAAAUCUUUUGGUGAUGAUAUCUUUCGGAAUGAAUAAGAAAUUGAGAAUACUAAACAACUAUUUUUUGGCAAGUUUGUCUGUUGCAGAUUCAGCUAUUGGGUUAAUAUCAAUGCCUCUAUAUACUGUAUAUGUUCUCCUGGGACAUUGGCCGUUCAGUUCUCUGCCAUGUGAUCUUUGGCUAUCAAUGGACUAUGUCAUGAGUAACUCAUCAGCAUUACAUCUAGUUAUCAUAUGUGUAGACCGAUAUUUUUCCGUCAAGAGACCAUUGACUUACAGAGCUAAUAGGACAUCUAAAAAAGUUAUAAGAAUGAUUGUUUCCGUUUGGGUGAUUUCGAGUUUACUGUGGAUACCAUUGAUUUUUGCGAUGCCUUACAUAAAAGGCGAGCGUACCGUCCCAGAAAAUGAUUGCUACAUUUCAUUUCUAUAUUCAAAUGCUUAUGUUACCAUAACUACUCAUAUCUUGGCGUUUUGGCUGCCGGUUUUUAUCAUGAUUGUUUUUUAUCAAAGGGUCUACAGUGUUGCAUUGGAACAUGCUGCUUUUAAGUCGAAAUAUGCAUGUCGAGCUGAUGUUCCAGCUAACAAAGCUACAAACAAUUGUCGCGGCAAACUCGAUAGGCAUGUAUCAAUUGAUAGCACAGUAUCUACUAUAAGUGGAGUAUCUAAUAGGAAUGGAGGAAAGUCUCAUCCUGACAGAGAAGGCGAUAAAGCUGCAAGAACACUCACCGCUAUUCUAUUAGCAUUUAUUAUAACAUGGACACCAUAUCAUGUUAAUGUGAUUAUAUCUUGUUUUUGCUCGAACUGUGUACCGAAUGCUGUGUAUCAUUUUGGUUACUGGCUGUGCUAUAUCAACAGCACAGUUAAUCCGCUCUUGUAUGCCCUAUGCAACAUGAAUUUCCGAUGGACAUUCAUAAGAAUUCUGACAUGCAACCAAAUACAUUCUGAUAAAAGUGGUAUGGUUAGUAGAAAUGAUCCUCAAUGCAGAUCAACUAAGAUAAAUUCAUAA